AUGAUUAGAGCGAUUGGAAAAUCUUGGCGCGACUCUGCUUCACUGAUAGUGCUUUCAAAACGAAGUCCAAAUGGUAUAUCGAGUAGUGACACGGGGGAUAGUAACUACGAUAUCUUGUUGCAGACUCGAACAGUUGACGCUUCUUUCUCGAAAGGUGUAGUGUUUCCGGGCGGUGUGAGCGAGGAGGCGGACGCGAGUGAGCAUUGGCUUCACCUCCUCAGCUCUUUUGGCUUUGGUCAGAGCGACUUCGAAACUCUGCACCGAGCUGGUACAACCAUCACACCAAUCUUCGCAGAUAACCCCAUUAAAAGACACAUUGCAUUACGAAUUACUGCAAUAAGGGAAACAUUUGAGGAACUAGGUCUACUAAUCUGCAGUUCUAAGCAGAAAGAUAAUAGAAAUGAUAUAUUAUGGACAAAUGUCAUAGCAGAUAUUGAUGUUAAACAUUGGCAGAAACGGGUCAGUGAGGAUCCUUCCGAGCUUCUCAGUCUAUGUAAGGAACAUAAUUGCUAUCCUGACAUAUGGAGUUUGUACUACUGGAGUAACUGGUUGAGUCCAAUUCAUAUAAAAACGAGGUUUGAUACAGCAUUUUUUGUAGCUGCAUUAGAAAAUAAACCAGCUUCUAUUAAAGCAAAUUCAGAAGUUGUUAAUGUUGAGUGGGCAAGCACAUUGGCCACUUUAGAAGCAAACAGACAAAGCAAGUUACAAUUAUAUCCACCCCAAGGAUAUGAAUUGCACCGCUUGUCCAAAUUCAAUGACCUUGAAAAAUUAACCAACUUUGCAAAGGAAAGAAGCAGUAAAGGGGAUGAACUAUUUUACCCCAUGCGUAUAGAGGUUAAUGAUGGCACUUUAUAUACUUUUCCAGGCGACUACCUCUACCCAGCAAAUUUAGAUCUCAUUAAUACUCCAGUUGUAAAAGAAAACAAAACUAUAUUAGAGCUCCGAGGAACUUAUAAAUCACUACAUCGUUUAGAAACGACCCACGAUCAAAAGACCGUUCUCGUAACACAAAACUACACUCCAAAGUAUCAUAUCAAUAUGGGCAACGAAAUCACUCCUCUCAAUAUUAAAGUUCAUAAUAUUAAG